AUGGAGUUCUAUUUAAAAGAAUUAAUUGAUGCAUACAAAAAAAACAAUAACAAUAAUGCUUGUAUUUGCAUUGAUUUUCGAGAUGAAACACUUUUAUUCGAUACAUACAAUAUUGAUCAAUAUACUGAAAAUGAACAACGUCAAAUAAUCGAACGGUUCUUUUUUAAAUACAUCGAUUUAAUAUCUGAUUCUUCAUGUUUAUUUAAUAUAAUUCUUGAUCAUCUCUAUGCUGGUGAUUAUAUAUUUCUUUCAACGAAUAUGAAAUCUUAUUUAUUUGAAUCACUUGAAUUAUGUCCACCAAAACAAUAUCUUUCAUGGAUAUAUAAAAUACUUGAUAAUGAAGAACAAAUGUCGAAAAUAAAUAUUCAAGCAUUUACAACAUAUGUUGAUAUGAAACGAAAACGUGGUUUAACAAAUGGUGAAAUACGUUAUACAAUAAUAUGUGAAUCAUCAACAAAAUUACUUGAAUUAAUUUUAAGUAAAAUCUAUCGUGAUCGAUUAACAUCAAAACAAAUAUGGUUAGCUGUAUUUCGUUUAAAACAAAAUUUAUCAAUGACAAGUCUACAAAAAGAUAUAUUUAACGAAUGGCUUGGAAUUGUUUAA